AUGGAGCCACUUUCCGCUCUCAGCGUCGCAACGGCAGUUACCCAGUUUCUCGAUUUUACGGGGACUAUCGUUUCGUGUACAUGGAAGAUUUACAAAUCUAACCCUGGAGAUACAGAGGGAAAUUCCGACAUCAGGAGCAUCACCAAGAGUUUGACCAAAAUCAACAACGAACUUCGGCAAUCUAUCAACUACCCUAAGUUGAAGUACUUCUCCUCACAAGAUGAGGACAUCAUCAAAUUGGGAACACGAUGCAACGAGAUUGGCGGGCGCCUUAUUUCAGCGCUUGAUCGGCUACAGGCACAAAAUAAGCACCAGCUCUGGACGAGCUUCCGAGUAGCGCUGCGCACAGUUUGGACUCAGAGCGAACUUGAUACACUCUACCAGACUCUGGAAAGCUACAGACAACAGAUAUCUAUGCAUGUGCUUGUCACGUCUGCAAACAAAUACCAUCAACAAAACCUAAGCGAGAUUCAGCGUAUCUGUUGCAAAAUCCUAAAGGAGGUAGGAAAAGAUGUUCCAUGGCGAAGAGACAUCAUCGACGCCAUUAAGAGGAGCUAUGGGCAAGACCCUUCCGACUUGAAGCAUACGGCUCCACCGGCCAAACUGUAUAAGGUUAUACGAAGCAGUGACGCUAAACUCAUUCAUCGGUAUCUGGUUCAAAGUCUUCGGUUCCAGGAGAUAGAUCAGCGGUACGAGAAGAUUGCUCGUGCACAUCAAGAAACAUUCGAGUGGAUAUUUCGCCCUCCGUCUAGAUUUGCUCGGUGGACAGACUUUCCAAACUGGAUCAAAACAGAGGACCACCCUUUGUAUUGGGUUACUGGCAAGGCUGGUGCUGGCAAAUCCACUUUGAUGAGGUACAUCUCUGACCAUCCGCAAACGCGUCAGGCCUUGCAAUCAUGGGCUGCCGACAGUCCGCUCCUAACAGCGUCUUUCUUCUUUUGGAAUUCAGGAUCGGAAAUGCAGAUGUCCUACGAGGGUCUGGUACGGACCCUUUUGUACCAGAUCUUGGAGCAAGCGCCAGAUCUCAGCCCGGUUGUCUUUCCUCACAGAGUGGAAACUGGGAUUCUUUUUGGCGAACAUAUUUUCCAACAGAAUGGAAUGUCUUGGACAUGGGAGGAACUUCUGAAAGCAUGCCGAAUCAUGAUGAAAGAGGCCACCAAAUCUUCAAAGAUCAUGCUCUUCUUAGACGGCAUGGACGAAUUCAAGGGGAAGCCCUCAGACCUGAUCGACUUUGUUACAGAUCUGAUUACGCCUGGCGUCAAAAUAUGCGCAUCCAGUAGGCCAUGGAUCGACUUCGAAGACGCGUUUGGGCAUCGUCCACAUCUUCGACUCGAGGACCUUACUUACAACGACAUCAAGCAUUUUGUCACAUCUAAGAUGACUGCCAAUGCAGGGUUCAAAGUGCUCCAGCAGGUCGAUUUAGACUUCUCGUCCCAACUCAUUGAGAACGUAUGUGUUAAAUCGUCAGGCGUAUUUCUUUGGGUAUUUCUGGUGACUGGGUCGCUUUUGACCGGCCUGUCAGAAGGCGAACGCCUUUCUGAUCUGCAGAAAAGAGUCGAAAGCCUACCGGUGGAUCUGGAAAAUCUCUUCUGGAAAAUCUUGGGCGAUUUAGACACUUGGUAUUUUGAAAGAGCAUCGCAACUAUUCCAAAUUGUCCGAGCCUCGAAAAAUGCCCUCACACUUCAAGACAUGUCAUUUGCUGAUGAGGAUGACCCGGAGUUUGCUAUCAAAGCCCCAUGUAGGGUAUUGGGCAGACAAGAGGCUGUCUCAAGAGCUGAGCUCAUGCGUCGGCGCACAAAUGCAUGCUGCAAGGGACUACUCGAGGCUAACUCUAGCCCCAUAGAGGACCUACCAGAUGUCAAAGUGGACUAUUUGCAUCGUACUGUCAAAGACUUUCUU